AGUUUCCCUGUCUGUGCUACAAGCCGACACCCCUCCGCCUGAGCAGAGAGUGGAACGCUCCAGCUCGCUCUGGGCUCUGUUGUUGUGCAGAGCUGCACAAGGCCUGUCUGAGCCAGCUUGACAGAAAGAGGAGGAAGACUUUAAGACAGAGACAUGCUGAGGAUUGAGAGCUGUGAAGCUGUUUCAUCACCCUGUCCAGACCACCAAAACCACAGAGGAGACCGAAGAAGGGAAGCGGGAGAAGAGGGGGAGCAUCAGUGAGAGCAGGAGGAAGUGAGGGAGAGGCAAGGUGAAGGAGGAGAAGGGAGGAAGGAAAGGGAGGGAGGAAGGAGGAGGGCCUGACUGACUGACAUUGCUGCUGUCGCUAUCAGCUCCCUCAAACACAUCAGCAGACCGGGCUCUGCACACUUGCUGCUCUCUCAUUCCCUUCAGUAGAGAGAGUCUCAUCCUCCAUCUCUUUCAUCUGCUUUGAGCAGAAGGAUAGAGAGAAGGAGAAGGAGGGGAGGCAGUAACCCUCUCCUCUCCUUCACUCAGAGACAGAGAGAGAGAGAACAGAGAAACGGUAAAGAACAGGAAGGAACGCAGCUUUGUGUUUGUAUUUUGCCGUCUCCUGUGGAACGCCCGGCCAGAGAGCGGCUACCAGGCACCGCUCAUGUCCGUGAACUCGGAGAAAUCCUCGUCCCCUGAAAGGCCUGAAACCCAGCAGAAAGCCCCGGUUACUACCCCUCCCCCUCCCCCGCCACCUCCUCCGCCUCCCCCUGAGCUGGCAGGACAACCUGAGCCAGAGGAAGAGAUCUUGGGCUCUGACGAUGAGGAGCAGGAGGACCCAGCAGACUACUGUAAAGGAGGAUACCAUCCGGUAAAGAUCGGGGAUUUAUUCAACGGAAGGUACCAUGUGAUCAGGAAGUUAGGAUGGGGCCACUUCUCCACAGUAUGGCUGUGCUGGGACAUACAAGUGAAGAACUUUGUGGCGAUGAAGGUGGUGAAGAGCGCCCAGCACUACACAGAAACGGCCCUGGAUGAGAUCAAACUAUUGCGAUGUGUGAGAGAGAGCGACCCCGGCGACCCAAACAAAGACAUGGUUGUGCAGCUGAUCGACGACUUCAAGAUCUCUGGAGUCAACGGCAUACAUGUGUGUAUGGUGUUUGAGGUGUUGGGUCAUCACCUGCUGAAAUGGAUCAUUAAAUCCAACUACCAAGGUCUCCCGCUGGCAUGUGUCAAGAGCAUUAUCAGACAGGUCCUGCAGGGUCUGGACUACCUCCACGCAAAGUGUAAAAUCAUCCACACAGACAUCAAGCCUGAGAACAUCCUGAUGUGUGUAGAUGACGUAUUCGUGAGGCGCAUGGCCAUGGAGGCGACCGAAUGGCAGAAAGCUGGAGCUCCACCCCCCUCCGGAUCAGCUGUUAGCACAGCGCCUCAGCUCAAACCGGUGAGUACAUCUGAUGUGGGAAAAAUCUCCAAAAACAAGAAAAAGAAGCUGAAGAAGAAACAGAAGCGGCAAGCCGAGCUGCUGGAAAGACGGAUGUUGGAGAUCGAAGCCCUGGAGCGAGAGGCUGAGAUAAGGGAGGAGAGGGCCAAAGAAGGCGGGGAUGAAGGCGACUCUGAGCAGAGCCUGGCUUCGACGCUGAAGCCACCGCCGGCGUCCGUGGGCCCCAGCAUGGCUCUGGGAGAGAGCGACGAUGAUGACGACGAUGACGAGGAUGGGGAGGAUGAAGAGGAGGAGGAAAGGGGAGAAAGGGAGAGGCCUGUCAGGUUGACUAAUCAUACAUGUGCAGCACCUCCCCAGGAGCAAAAUGAAGUGCCAGAAAUCCCGGCUACUAACCAGCAAGAGGAGGGAGAGGAAGAAGAGGAAGAGGAGCCCACGCCUGUCGCAGAAAAAGAUGCCCCAUUUCCUCCCACCUUGGAAGAAGGUAAUGGAGAUUCAGAGCCAGCAGACGGGGAGAAAGACGAGGAGAAGGAGGAGGAGAAAGAGGAGGAGGAGGAUGAGUCUUUAAAAGAAACGGUGAAUGAGAACGUGAAGGAAGAGGAAGAGGUGGAGGAAAAGGUUGUGGAAGAAGAAAAUAAGGAAGCAGGAGAGGAGAAGCAGGAGGAGGAUGGAGACACUGGAACAGAAGCACCAAAGACUGAGAGCAAAACAGAGGAGGAGGCAGCUGAGAAAGAAGAUGACUCAAAGGAAGGGGAGGGGGAGGAAUACGAGGAGAUCUAUGACGAUGAAGACGACGAUGAUACGACUACGACCACAGCAGACCUCCUAACUGACAGCACCUCUCCCAUUAAGCCCCAGAUCAGCAAAACGAAUACAGCUAAAACUAACGGGCACGUUUUGUUAGUUUCUGAUUCACUAAGACAAAACCCCGGCAAGACGCCCCCUCCCUCACCCACCCCUGAGCCUCUACUCUGCCCCCUGGUGGAGUCCGAGCUCAGCUACACGGACAGAGACAUCUCGCUCAGCUCCGGGUAUGAGAUGUAUAACGGCGAAGUGGCCGAGCCGGCGCUGACCAACGGCUCCAGCGAACAACAUCGAUCCAAGAUGCCCCUCUUCCCCGAGCUGCCUCUGGAUCCCGAGCCGGGGAACCCAAUUUCAGGGGGGACAGUAGACAUUGGGACAGAACCCUCAGCAAACAGCCCUACAGCAGACCGAAGUCGCACUGUGUCAUCGUCAAGCACUGGAGACACACCAAAAGCCAGGGCCAGAGCGGCAGACCUCCUGAUCAACCCACUGGACCCCCGCAACGCCGACUCCAUCAGAGUGAAAAUCGCUGACCUUGGAAACGCCUGCUGGGUGCAUAAGCACUUUACAGAAGACAUCCAGACGAGACAGUACCGCUCCAUUGAGGUCUUGAUAGGAGCCGGGUACGGUACCCCAGCUGACAUCUGGAGCACAGCCUGCAUGGCAUUCGAACUGGCCACAGGAGAUUAUCUGUUUGAGCCUCACUCUGGAGAGGACUACUCCCGUGAUGAGGACCACAUCGCUCUGAUCAUGGAGCUCCUUGGGAAGGUCCCGCGCAAACUGGUAGCCGCUGGGAAGUUCAGCCGAGAGUUUUUCUCCAAGAAAGGUGAGCUGCGGCACAUCACCAAGCUGAAGCCCUGGUCUCUGUUCGAUGUCUUGGUUGAAAAGUACGGCUGGUCACACGAAGAUGCCGGACACUUCACCCAGUUCCUGCUGCCCAUGCUUGAGAUGGUGCCUGAGAAAAGGGCCUCGGCUGGGGAAUGCCUAAACCACCCCUGGCUCAGCUCAUAGCCACAAACUUCCAUCACCCCCUCUCCUUCCUUCCCCAUCCACCUUCUAGACUUUGAGCUCAAACAACGACCUCUGUUGGCAGCGAGCAGCAAGCAUCGUACAGAGAGGCUUCUAACGCAUUCAUUCCAUACCCACCUGAUCAGGCUUUACUUCUACAUGUACACUACCAUGGGGAAUGUAAAAAAACGAAAACACAAAACGCUGGCAAGGACUACAAAAAAAGGAAUUUAGUGAUGUUGGAAAGGAUUUUCCUGAAACGAGAAGUCAGAACAAAACAUGGUGUUAUUGCCUCCUCCGCCAUCAAGACGUCACCCUCUUCUUCAUCCGUUUUCUUCUAAUUUUUCUUAACAAAUGAAAGCUGCUGACUUUCAGAGUAAACAGAGUUGGCAAGAGACUCUUGCACUGCUGUCAGAUGGCCCAGAGUUCCCUCUUCCAUUACCAAACCGGAGCCCAUAAAGACAUACGAGUGUGUGUGUGCUAUUAUGCGAGAAAAUGAGCGUUUGUGCCUAUGUGCCCUAUAUAACCUCCUUAAAGAAGUACCAACAUCAGACUUUACAGUUUACAGCUUUCUUACAUGAAUCCAGUCCUUAAAAAAAGCUUCUCACAGCCUCCAUUGCUUCCUAUCAUGCUCUACGGUCCUGAACCGACCUUGCAGGUGGAAGGGGGCAUCACAUUGAUGGGUACAGAGAAGGUUUGGAAUCAAAACAAUCAGUAUUAACUUCGAGAAAUAUCUGCUUGGUGUUAAUAGACUUUAAUUCGAAGAUGCAUGGUGACACUGCUGGAUCGACAUGAAGGAAUAUGAGAAACCAACAAUAAUUGUUGGUGACAGUUCAUCUUUCACAUAUGGGAAUGGUAUUAGGAAAUGUUGGUGACCCACCACCCUUGGCACUUUUCAGUUUUUGACAUGACCAAAUCCCCAAACCUUCUGACUCCAUUCCUAAGAACAGUUAUCUUCACUCCCUUCUGUUGUAUGUUUACUGGAUCCGAUUGGUACUACUCCCCCACCACCCAACCGUCUUUUUUCCCCCCUGGAGGAACCCCAUCUAUCCCAGAGCCUCUCCAAAAAGGAGGCGGCCAUGUGGAAGGUUGCACUUGUCUUUGUAAAUGUCUUUCAGGGAUUUGAAACCUUUGUACAUAGAACUAGAUUUCGCAACACAAAUAAGCGACUGUGGACACAUUUGUGGACAAACACCCCGAGUAUCAUUCCAAAAAAUGUAAAAAGUAAAAAAAAACUGGUUGCUGUUGGCAGUACUUGGUUUCCCCUCUGACAGAACAGGAAUGGGACAUUCUGAUUUCUGAUCAAACUUGGUGGGAGGCUCAAACUGACUGGUGCUGCCACCAGGUGGCAGUUUGGGAGUAUUGCAUCGCCACAUGAAGCUGCUGCUCUCAGUGCCAACAAACCAACUUUCUCCAUCUCUGUCCACUAAAUCACACACCUGAAAUCUGAAUCAUCACAAUUAAUCCAGUUGCCUAUUUUUCGCAAUAAAUAAUUAAAAAAGAUAAUUAUAAUUAAAUGGUGAGAUAUUUUUAAAAACUAUUUAAUUCAUUAAAAAUAUAGGGGGGGGGGAAAGCAAACAACUUCUCUCUGUGGUUGUUGUGACCGUGACAGAAAUUUAUCUUCUACUGAGGUGAUUGUGUUUGUCUAUUAGAGAUGUUUUUACUUGUUUUGUCAUUAUUAAUAUUAUUGAACGUUUUUUUAAAGAAAAACAAAACACCUCUCCCCUCCCUUCUUAAACAGUGCUGCCCUCUAUGGGCUGUUGAUGGUGACAAAAAAAAAAAAGAAAAACUGUUUUGCAAUAAAGGGUAUUUGAGUUAUCCCCCCCUCCCUUCUUUUCCAAUUUUGCACCAAAUCCUCCUGAUCUCCGUCACUCAGCCAUGCUGACUGUUCUUCCUGAUAAGAUCGAAGUUUUGUCUGUUUUUCAUUGACAGAUUUAAUAAAUUGUAGAUUAAUGGAUUCUGUGUUCUUCAAUGUAGUCAUUUGUUGGAGUUUAUCAUCACAUUUGGAGACAUUACAGGCAAAGCAGGAGAAGAACUGUAGUCGGGCUGGAUUUCAUUUUAAUGGUAUGAGCACUGAACAAUUAAAAUACAAAAAAAUAUUAGUACAUUAAGUCAUAGCUCAUUCAGUGUAGUGUGUUACAACGAACAUGGUACAGUACUGUGAUUCACUCUAAAAACAGUUCAUAAAACACAAAAGAAACAUUGCAGGAAUAAAAUGUCUCCACAUCUGUACAAGACCUUGAAAAAGUAUUCAUACCCCUUGAACUAGUGACACUAUAACCACUACAAACGAACACGGAUAACAUUCAUGAAGAAAUAAAAGGAAAGUUGUACGUUUAUAAUUUUUUUU